GAAUUAGGUGGGUUUUGGGUUCUCUGGAACUGUUUCUCUUAUUUUCUCCGAGCGAAACAAAUAAAAAAGAAAGCUAAUUUACAAAUAAUCCAACGCAAUUUUGGGUCUUGAGAUUAGAUUUCACAGACUCACAGAUCUCUUGUUUUUCUCCGCACUUCUCCCAUAUCGAUUUGUUCUGCAAAUGGUUCCCCUUCGAAAUUUCGUUACUUGAUCACAAUUCAGCUUCGGAUCAUUGCUCGAAUGGCGUUUCUGGAUGAGUGAGGAGGAACCGGUGUAUUGAUUGUUCUGGUUAUUCAUUAAGCUUUAUAUGUCUACGCUAUGGUGUGCAAGAAGAGGCUUGAAUAUGGAUUCAAUGGCUUUCAGGUGCCGUUUAUUCCCAGAGCUCCUAGAUCUGUAAGGAGGAGGAUUCUUUACAAGAAAGAUGAGGAGGAUGGUCAAGCUUGUGCUAUUGAAGUACUGGCAUCUUUAGCUGGCAAGUUGUUGCAAGAGAGUGAAAGUUCAGCUUCUAGCAAUGCGUCAGAAGGAAGUCACCAGCCAGCCUCAGGCCAAGGUGCUGUUGAGCAGGAAAGUCAAGAUGAAGCCAAACUGUUAGCACCAGAAGGUGUUCAUCAUGGAAGUUGUGCAGAGAGCGCGUUUAUGACUGAGGUAAUCUCACGAAAUUCUAGUCAGAAGUUUCGGGGCCAAGCUGAGACUGAUGCGGUACCAGAAUGCACUUCUAUUACUAAUCCUGCUGACUGCUGCAAGAAAAUUGAACCUAACAUUAAGCCUGAAACAUGCAAAUGGGAGGAUCAAGUUGAACAUUAUUCCAGUAGGUUAGCAGAAGCACCCCAAAAUUUUAGGGAGUCUUAUAAUAAUGGUAAUAUAAACAAUGGCUUUAAAAGGGAACAAGAAGCUGGAAGUUCAGGCAUCGAGGGACCAAAUGUUGCUGAUAAACGUAGUUUGAAGGAUCCUUUGGAAUUAGGAGUUAACUCUCAUGCAAUGAGUAACUCAGAUAGUAAGGUUAAUAAAUAUCCAUUCUCUAAAGGAACUUUUCCAAAUAGUUCGUUUUCUAACUAUGGAAAUAAUAUUAAGUUAGGUUUUAGAGAUGAUGAUGAAAACUUUAUAAGGUGCAACAAAAUUAGCACCAAAUCAAAGGCUUUUAAGCCUCCACGUCGGAUUGCACACCGAAGAAUUAGGAAGCUCAUGACUUCCAAAUACUGGAAGGCUGCUCCGAAGUUGAAGGAUUGCGAGCUUUCCAGAUCUGAUGCUGGAGAAAAGCCUCUUUUUCAGAAGAGGAAGGCUUGUCACAGUUUUGAGAGGGGUCAUUAUGGUACUCUUUUCAAGAGGAGAAAAUUCUCUAAUCGGGCUUCAGGCCUGACAUUUGAUGGAGGAUUCAGUAGUGAGAGCAUAUCUAAUUCACUCGAGAAAGGAAUAGAUAGCAACAAUCCUAGCUCAUCUUCAAAGCAGCACGAAUCGAAGGAUUCUCAUGUGAAGUUUAGCAUUAAGUCUUUCAAGAUACCAGAGCUUUAUAUUGAGGUUCCUGAAACUGCUACUGUUGGUUCUCUAAAGAGGACAGUCAUGGAGGCUGUGAUGGCAAUACUUGGGAGUGGAGUGCAUGUUGGUGUUGUUCUUCAGGGGAAGAAAGUUAGAGAUGACAACAGAACUCUUCGGCAGACUGGUUUAUCAUGUGAAGAAAAUAUCGAUAACCUUGGUUUCACAUUGGAGCCAAGUUCCUUACAAGGCUCUCCAUCUGUAUGUGUUGGUGAUCCUUCUUAUCAUGAACCAUCCCAUUCAAACAGGUCCCCUAGAACUCCUGUGUUAGAUUCAGGGAUUACUGACAUCGUACAUGACUCACCCUUGCUGACUACUCUGAGCAACCCUAUUGAAAGUAACCGUGGAUCAAUUUCUUCUCCCACCACUGACAUAAUGACUGACAAAGUAGCACCAGACUCCAAAUCUUUAGUAGUUGUUCCUGAUAGGAGCACAGAACCACUGGCUAUAGUUCCAGCGACUCAGAAAACUAAGCGCUCUGAGCUUGUACAGCGUCGAACCAGGAGACCCUUCUCAGUGUCUGAAGUAGAAGCACUUGUUCAGUCUGUUGAAGAACUUGGAACUGGAAGGUGGCGUGAUGUUAAGUUGCUUGCUUUUGAAAAUGCGGACCACAGGACUUAUGUAGACCUGAAGGACAAAUGGAAAACGCUAGUGCACACAGCAAGAAUAUCUCCUCAACAGAGAAGAGGAGAGCCAGUACCUCAGGAGCUGUUGGACAGAGUGUUGUCUGCUCAUGCUUUCUGGUCACAACAGCAACAUGGGAAGCAUCAUCAUCAACUUCCAGGGACUCCCGACAAGGUCAAAGAAUCUUCUGCUCCUCCUCCUCAAUUUCUCAGUGUCGUUGUUGGUGAAGCUGGUGGUGUCAGUGUCAUCCAACCCGUUGGGACAAUGUAAAAACAAAAGGAUAUAAAAAGGAAUAUUAUUAGUGGUGACACAGGUAAGGAAUUAGAGGAGGACUGGGAAAAAAAGCGAGCCAGAAGAAACCUUUCUGUACAUUUUGAUUCAAUUUCAUGUAUUAUUCUCACACCACUUAUUCAUUGCCGACCCCUUUUAACUGCGAUUUGCUGGUUGGCUUUUUUGUAAAUGACUUGUUCAAAUAAGAUUGUUUCUACACCA